UGUCGGUUGUUUGGUCACGUGAAAGCAGGAAGUGCAGCGGAGGCGGGCGCUGAUAGGCUGAGAACCCGGCAGCUGCAGCGCGAGCUUCCGUCACAGUGACGCGACUGACAAACAAAAAGUUACAAACAAACAAACAAGCAGCAGAGAGGAAGAAACAACAACAUGGCGGCACCGCGCAGCUCCGAGUAGCUCAGGCCGCUCGAGGAGCUCCUUCAGCGGGGAGAGGACACCAUGGAUCCUGGCGGAGGCUCGGAGCGGAGCGGCGGACUGCAGGCUCCGGGAGGCGGCGGCGGCGGGUCUGAGCCGUGGAGGGGACACAUCGUCCGGCAGCUGCAGCACCGAGACCGGAGGCAGCAGGCCAUGUUCCAGGACCUGAUCCGCUGCUACUCUCGGCUGUUGGAGAAAACCAGUCUGGCUAAAGGCCUCCUGAGCCGCUCUGUCAGGCCUCCCUCUGCUGACUCCCUGACGUCGCUGCUGCAGCAGAACAGUCGACUGAAGAAGACGACCGGAGAGCUGGCCUAUCAGGUGGUGGAGCUGCAGCAGCAGAUUAAAAUCAAGGAACGUGUUCUGGACCAACAGCAUGCCAGGCUGCGGGAGGACGAGCGGCGGCGGAAGGGUGCGUUGGAUGAGCGGCGGGCGCUGCAGGAGCGGGUGGAGCAGGUCCAGCAGCAGAACGGGGCGCUGAAGACGGAGUACGACGGCCUGCUGGAGCGCCAGAGGGGGGCGGAGUCCAGACUCAGGGAGGAGAAGGUCCGAGGAGGACACCUGCUGGAGGACAUGAUCCACCUGAAGCAGCAGGCCGCCGCCCGCAUGAACAGCCGCAACGAGCGCAAGUCCAGAGCUCGAGAGGCAAACCUCCAGAAGCAGCUUCAGACGGCUGCCAGGUCAAAGGUCACAGUGGACAGCUCGUCCAGCGCUCCCACCUCCAGAUCAACGUCUCCAAAGAACGAAGACCUUGACGAUUCGAUGGAACCUCGAAGAACGCGACUGUUCAGGUCGGCGUCGGCAACGUCUCCAAGGAUCUUCACCUCCAUCAGAGAGAUGUUUGGCAGGAAGAGGCGUGGCCACUCGGUCUGCAGUCUUGAGGAGGAUCUGGUGUUCCCGGUUGGAUUCUGUCUGUCGGCCAGAGUUCCAGUCAGAGCGCUCCAGGUUCUGGAGGCCCAUGAGCAGGGCAUCAACGCCGUCAGCUUCAGCUCCAGCUCCGACCUCCUGGCCACCGGCGGAACCGACCGGGUCCUGAAGCUGUGGGAGGUCCGAGCAGGCUCGCUGGCUCCCAGGGCGACACUGGACGGCAGCACCGAGGGCAUCACCUGCGUGGAGUUUGACCGGCGGGUCCUCGCCGCCUCCUACGACAAAUCGGCCAUCUUGUGGCGCCUGGAUGACUCCGUCCCAAAGGUGACUCUGACGGGUCACAGCAGGAAGGUGACGGCCGCCAGGUUCAGCAGCAUCCUCCACCAGGUGGCAACAGGAAGCGCCGACCGCACCGUCCGCCUCUGGGACCUGCACCGGGCCGCAUGUGUUCAGUUGGUCGACGUGCCAUCGUUCUGCAGUGACUUGGUGUGUUCAGAGAACUGCAUCAUCAGUGGACACUACGACUGCAAGAUCAGAGUCUGGGACACCAGGGCUUCCAGCUGCGUUCAGGAACUUCCUGCUCAGGGUAGAGUCACCUCAUUGAACCUCAGCUCCGACCAUCGCCAACUGCUCAGCUGUUGCCGUGACGACUGUCUCCAGCUGAUUGACCUGAGGAGGUGGAGCCAUGACAGGAUGUGCUUCAGAGCUGAGGGCUUUAAGUGUGGCAGUGACAGCACCAAAGCAGUGAUCAGUCCAGACAGCUGCUACCUGGCAGCCGGGUCAGCAGAUGGCGCCGUUUACAUCUGGAACGUCUCCACCAGCAACCUGGAGACCCGCCUGCCGGACAAACACAGUUCGUCCAUCAGCGCCGUGUCCUGGUCUCUGUCCGGAGAAUACGUCGUCAGCGUGGACAAGAGUAGGCGGGCUGUCCUCUGGAGCGACAUCUGAGACGGCCAAUCGGGAGAGGAGACCUCGUCGUCACGGCAACAGCACGACUGGACUUGAUAAGAACUUGCUGAGAGCUGCUGAAGGGAACGUUCAGGAAGCUGCUGCUGGGUUUCUGGGAUUAAAGGGAAACUUUCUGCUUCUUUGUCUGCUUUUAACGAGGAACAUUAACACGGAACUAACAAAGGGAACACGGAGAGUUUACACAUGAGGGAAGGGAACGAAGGGAACCCUGCAAACAGAACAUCUGGAGAUCUUCCAUCAUCAGGAGACCAACCAUCUGGUAAAUCAGUUUCUAAAACAAGAUGAAGUCUAAAAAACUGAACUCUAAUCAAUCUAAAAUCCUGAAAUAGUAACUGCUUUAAACAUGUCUGAGAUAAAAGCAUCUGAUUGGCUGAUGGUAGAGCAGGUUCCUCUGGUUCUUCUCUAGAUCCAAACAUGAACUCAGAUACCAGAACUAACAGCAUCUGGACCUAACUGGUUCUGUGGAGGAAACAGAAUCAUGGAGGUUUGUUCUGUUGGAGCACUCAAAGGUUCAGAAUGCCUCUAAACGUUCUAUGACAGAAUUUCCUGCUGGGUCCAAAGAGGACAGAAGUUGUCCAGUACCAGAACUCAUCGACCUGUAGCUGAACUUGUAGACGUUCUACCACUGCUGUCCCUGGUUCUGGAUGUUCUCCCCUCAGCUGGUUGGUUCUGAGGAGUUCCCAUCCGGUUCUUUGCUCUCUGCGGUGGACCUAAAGCUGCUUCAGAUCUCAGUGGUUCCACAUGUUGGACUGCAGAACUUCUUGAAACGUUCUCACAGUAGAUCUGCUACACGUUUACAGAACAUCAAUCUUGUGUCUUCAUGGAACCAGAUGAAGUCAAACUAAAGCCAGCGAUGAGCUCCAAAUGUUUAAGUUACAGGUUUCACUAAAGCAUCACGUUGAAUGUCGUCCUGACAUUCUCUGGAGGACAGGAAGUAGAACAGGUAGAACUUUGAGUAGCUCCACUGGAAAAGAGAAAAAUAUAUGCAGAGCCGGAGAAGCUCCAGUUUCCAGAAACACUCCGUCUUCUUUGGUUCUCCAGUCAUUUUGGACCAUUUCUGCUCAUUUCAGACAUUUUUAAGUAAAUAGUUUCUUUUCAAGUCAUUCUAGAAACUUUUAAAUUCAUUCAAUCAAAUCGUUGCUCCUCUAAACGCUACAGCCGGCUGGAACCAAGACGGGUUCUCCUUAGAGUAAACCGAGAGACAGGAGCUGAGCUUCAUCAGCAGAAACCAGAGGAACACUGACUGAGAACAUCACCUGAGAGAGGCGUCCUCCAUGUCUUCAGGACCAGAGGUCAGCAGAUGAACGUCUGCAGGAUGAACUAACCUGGUUCCUCAGCUAGUAAAGGGUGGAGAUCAAUCCUGUAGAAGUUCUGGUGCCCCUCUGUUCUGUAUUCUGUGGUUAAGGGAACGAUUUUUAUUUAAACUUAAGCCAAAUUCUGUUUUUGAUUCUGUUUUGUUGUUUUUGCGUUCAGUAACCUCCAUUAGAACCAACUGGACUUCUGCUUGGUUCUUGAAGAUGUGGAACCCACAGAAACACUGACCAGGACCUGAGAACACAGCGUUUCAUCCCUCACCAGGCAGGCACACAAAACCUACACAAAAUAACACAAAACCAACACAGAGACAGGCAGUUUCUCUAACAUUAGCACAGUUAGCUUCCUGGAUGAAGGUGGGCCCACGAGAACCAAUCAGAAGUCCACGUUCUGAAGAUCUGAGGACUGUUUCCUGUUUCUAUUUAUUUGCUGAGAUGUUGUCGCCCAGAUCUUUGGUGGAUUUUAACAGAAUAUUUGUGUAAAUGAAGACACAAAGUGCUGCUUUUUAAUGAAAUUAUCUUUAAUUCUUGAGACUCAGAUGUUUUCAGAGGUUCUGUAUUAAUCAGCUGUUUGGUCUGAAAGGUUCCCCAGAGGUUCCUCAGAGGUUCUUCACAUGUCUGGUUCAGUCCAGAGAUGUUUGCUUUUCUGUCUCAGAGGAAAUGAAGCAGGAAGUGACGGAUGAAGGUUUGGAGAUCAGCGCCCCCUGCUGGAAACACUCUUCUCACACUAAUCCCUCUGUUCUCUGAAUGUUUGAGCCUUGUCACAUCAAUACUCAGAUUAUUGGAACAACUUCUCAGAAACAUUAGAGACAAGAUAUGAAUAAAUCUCUCAGUGGAACUCGC